GCGCCGCGGGUCCCGCACGGGCCGCCGCCCCUCCCCUCCCCCGCGCGGCGCGGGGCCAAGUGGGCGCGCCCGGCGCGCGGAUCCGGUGUCGGCUGCAGCUGGCGGUGCGGCGGGCCCGGCUAUUAAUAACGCGGCGGCCGAGCCGGGGUCGCGCAGCCAUGGCCAGCCCGGAGCCCGGGCGCGGCGGGGACGGCGCCGCCCGGGCCGCGAGGGGAACAAGAGCUGAGGCCAGUUCUCCUCAUGAGGAGAACUCUGAAUCCCUGAAUGAGGAAAGGACCUUGUAUCCAGAAGUUACUUUCCCUUUGGAGGGGAAUUUGAACUUAGAGGACAUUUUCUACCUGGGGGGAUCAGGUGAUUUUGAUGAGAUACUACAUGUGGAAGAGACCAAGAGACCCGUGGAGCCACUGUAUAUUGAGGAGACCAGACAGCCAGAUGAGGCCCUGUGUAUUGAAGAGACUGUGAAACAAGAGGAUACACUGUCUGUGGAGGAUGCUCUGAAGCCAGAGGAGACACAGUCUAUAAAAGAUCCCAUGAAAUCAGAAAAGACAAGCCCAGAGAUCACUGAUGGAGAGACAGGCACAAGUGAGGAGAAACUGAGCCCUGAGGAAAGCCCCCGAGUUGAGUCAAGCCCCUCCACUGAGGAGAGCCUGAGUGUGGAGGAUCUGGAAUUGCUGGAAGGCCGUUUCCAGCAGUGUAUCCAAGCCGUGUCCCAGCUGGAAGAGGAAAGGGAUCAGCUUGUUCAUGAGCUAGUGUUGCUCCGGGAACCAGCCCUCCAGGAGGUGCAGCAAGUCCAUCAAGACAUCCAGGCGGCCUACAAGCUGCAUGCCCAAGCAGAGCUGGAGAGAGACGGGAUAAGGGAGGAGAUCCGGCUGGUCAAGCAGAAGCUAUUCAAGGUGACAAAGGAAUGUGUGGCCUACCAGUACCAGCUGGAGUGCCGCCGGCAAGACGUGGCCCACUUUGCUGAAUUCCAGGAAGUGCUGACUACGCGGGCAGCGCAGCUCUCGGAAGAGCUGGCCCAUCUCAAGGAGGCCUAUCUGAAGCAGAAGGAGCUGUUACAACAACAACUAGAGGCACCGCCAAGCCAGAGGGACGGGCACUUUCUCCAGGAGAGCCGGCGGAUCUCUGCACAGUUUGAGAACCUCAUGGCAGAGAGCCGCCAGGGCCUGGAGGAGGAGUAUGAGCCUCAGCUGCUGCGGCUCCUUGAGCGGAAGGAAGCUGCUGCCGAAGCUCUCCAGAAAACCCAGGCAGAGAUCCAGGAGAUGAAGGAGGCUCUGAGACCCCUGCAAGCAGAGGCCCAGCAGCUCCACCUGCAAAACCGAAACCUGGAGGACCAGAUCACACUUGUGAGACAAAAGCGAGACGAGGAGGUGCAGCAGUACAGGGAACAGCUGGAGGAAAUGGAAGAACGACAAAGGCAGUUAAGAAGUGGGGUGCAACUCCAGCAACAGAAGAACAAAGAAAUGGAGCAACUAAGGAUCAGCCUUGCGGAAGAGCUCUCAACUUAUAAGGCUAUGCUACCCAAGAGCCCUGAACAAGCUAAUGCUUCCACUUCUCAGACAAGUGAAGCUGAGUCACAAUCUCAAGGGGCUGUUUAGAAACAAAUUGAAAAGUCGCAACCCAGAAACAACAAAGCCUUCUUUGCAAAGGAUCUCUAUGUACUUUUAUCCUAACAGAAAGGAGUGCUGGGGUUUUGGCAAGCAAUUCACCCUGGGAAAGUUACAAAUAACGCUGACUGGUUUAAAAAGAUGUUAGGGCUGGCUGGAGAAGAGAACACCAGCUCUUGGCUAGAUUCUAUUUUGUAGCUGCUGGUAAUGAUCGCAAAGCAGACAGAAAUGAGUAGCCCAUCCUACAGCAAACCUCUUAAUACGACAAAGGAUGAAUGUAUGGACACAUCUUACAGCAAAGAAUGUAUUUUACCUGCUAUGGACCCAAACCAAAGAAGAAAUAAUAAAUUUUUUUAGCACGGGGAGGGGGGGGAGGUCAAAAAAGGGCAGAGUUCUAGACUAACAACUUCAAUUCUUUUGUGCCAUGGGUUAAAUUUAAAUGAAUCCUCUUACAGCAUAUUUUUAUGUCUAAAUGGUCUCAUGUGUUAUACUCUUAUGUCAUGGUAAUUUUCACUAUUCUCUAAGAGAUUGCUGUGUUGGAAAGAAACCAAUCUAGAUUUAAACCUAAAGGUUGGGCCAGAGCUAUAGCAUAGCGGGGUGGGCAUUUACCUUGUGUGUGGCCAACCUGGGUUCAAUUCCAGCAUCCCACAUAGUUACUUAAGCACUGCCAGGAGUAAUUCCUGAGUGCAAAUCCAGAAAUAACCUCUGAGCAUCAUCAGAUAUGGCCCCAAAACAAGAUCUGGGGUUAGAAAAGAUCUACUCAGUCAAAUCAAAUGAUUGGAAAAUCAGAAUUUUAUCUGGUUUUUCACUUGGUGAUAAGAGCUUGCUUUCAAGAGUCUUAUGAUAAGCCCCAGUGAACAACAGACUGGGGAAAAUUCAACCUCUCUGAGAGAAGUUUCAAACAUCUUUCCCAAAUUAAAUUUUGCCUUAAAUUUUCUGCCACACUGCCUUUGACAUUCUUCAGUCAUACAGACCUCUAGAAACUCACUUCUAAAGAUAGUAUUUUAUCCAAGAUUCAUCUAUGUGCCUCUGAUUCAAUGUUUUAUGUCUCUCACUUUCCCUAGGAAGGAGUAAAGCUCUUUUAUACAGCACUGAGUCUAUUAUGUUUAAUUCUGCUUUUGAUAGUCAAAAGACCAUGGGAAACAAAUGUCAUUUACACAACUUUUCUUGGAACCAGAAUCAGAUGUUUGAUGGAUGUUUAUAUACUAAAUGAAACCCAUCAGCAUGGGGUUACGUAGAAAAGCAAUUUAUUCCAUUAUAAGCACUUACACAGUUAGUCACGGAGUGUAACAGGCCUGCUGGUGAAACUGGUCACUCAGUAUAGAGAUGGUAUCAAACUAGUGGUCAAAGACUAACUCCUAAGCAAAAAAAAAAAAAAAAAAAAAAAAGCAACUUUUAUGCAGGAUUAAUUUAAUUUUAAAAACAAAUACAAGGUAUUGAGAUUCACUCUUCUUGACUUAACAAGACAGUCUACCUGUGGUAAAACUGUCAGGUAAAAACAUACAUCUUUACAACUUGGUGGUCCCAAGUUUUAAAAAACAAAAAACCAUUUCACAGAAAGGAAAAUAAUAUGAAAACAGCUCAAGAAAUACACUAACAAGCAAAACAUAUUGGGAGAGAAACAUGUAAAUUCGACUUAACUGAAGAAACGAAGAAUGGUCUACAUAGGACAAUGUGCAUCUGAAAGUUGUUGUGAAUAUUUUAAGAGUAGAAAUUUGUGUCUUAAAUCUCCCCUUUCCUGAAUAAAAAGGACAUCUUCAGGUAUUUUCUGUUUAAUGAAUGGCUCAGACACCUA